AUGCUUAAGGCUCAAAACCAUUAUUAUGAAAGGUGCAGGCCAGUAUAUAAAGAUAGAGCUGUAAAUAGCGGGUAUGAUGAUUUUAAUGCCCAUUAUAAUGGAAAUGCAAUUUUUUAUAUUAUUAGCGAAAAUGGAGGAAACAAUGAAGGUCAUUAUGAUCCUAUGCCAGAAGUUUGACAAGAUUGGACUUUAGUUAUGACUGAUGAGUAUGGAUAUGGGAAGCUUGAUUUCUUAAGCAAAACAAUGUGCAUUGAACCAAUAUGGAGCUGUUAG